UGGAAGGAGCUGAGGACUCACGGCAGAGUUUCUGAGGAGCAGGUUUAAGAGGAUGGAGCUGUUUUCUGGUAUGAAGACCGUCGGGGUAAUUCUGCUAAUGAUGAGUCUCACAGAGGUUUCGGUAUCAACUGCCCAGGAGUGCCCCUCCACCCACGACCUGCUGAACUCUCUGAGGCAGGUGGAGAAGAUGCUCGCCGUGCACGAAACCUCCUACCAGCAGGGCCUCCGGUCCCUCAAGAAGAAGAUGACCGCCCUCCACAACAGCACCAUGGCCAUCUUUAAAACCGGACAAAACGUCUCCUGCCCCAAACCCGAGCCCCCUCCUCACGGGCGGCGGCUGGGCCGGGUGUUCGGCGUGGGCCACGAGGUCCACUUCCUCUGCCGGCCAGGCUACGAGCUGAUUGGCCCCCGGACCCGGGUGUGUCUGGAGUCCCUGAAGUGGAGCGGCCAGCAGCCCAUGUGCAGACGCCUCAACAGCACCUCCAACAUGGCGUCCUUUUCGUCGUCGGCCUCCUCCUUUCCUGUUUCGGCCGCUCUCUCGGGAUCCUCCUCCUCUUCCUCCUCCUCCUCUUCCUCUUCUUACUCCUCCUCCUCGGCCUCUUCCCCCUCUCCCAGCUCUGUUUCGGCCCCCACCUCCUCCUCCCCCUUCUACUCCAUCCGGCCCUCUAACUGCACGCACUUCCUGGGAUCAACGCGCUGCACCUGUGAUGUCGGUUUCACCAUAUCGGGCCGCGACAACAACAUCUGCACAGAUAUCGACGAGUGCCACCUGUUCCCGCUGGGCCAGCCCGGGCGGCUGUGCAUCCACCAGUGCGUGAACACGCCGGGCAGCUUCCACUGCGUGUGCCCCCCCGGCUACAGCCUGGCCCGGGACGGCCGCAGCUGCACAGACAUAAACGAGUGCGAGGCCCAGACGCACGACUGCACAAUGGGCCGGUUGUGCGUGAACACCUUCGGGGGAUUCCAGUGCGUGACGGUGGAGUGUCCCCACAUGAAGAACGCAACGUACAUCAAAACAUCCCCCAUGCGGUGUGAGAGGAACCCGUGCAUGCUGGGGGACAGAGCCUGCUCCCACGCGCCCAACUCCGUCUCCUUCCACUUCCUGGCGGUGGUGUCCAACAUGUCCGCCCCGCGCGUGCUGUUCCGGGUGUCGGCGGCCCGCGUGCUGGGCGACACGCUGCGCUUCGGGCUGGCCGGGGGAAAAGGGCGCGGCCACUUCAGCGUGCAGCGCUCGGGCCGGCAGACGGGGACCCUGCUGCUGGUGGAGCCCGUCCGGGGGCCGGCCGCGCUGGAGGCCGAGGUGGAGAUGUCCGAGCUGCAGCGCAGCGCCCUGCUGGGCCGCUACCUCACCAAAGUCACGCUGUUCGUGUCCCCCUACCCGUUCUAA